GAUGUGAUGGCUGCCCGCUCCGCCCCGAACAUAGAGCGGCCAUAGCGGGGCCAUAGCGGCCUGCUCGGGGUUAUUACAGCGCUUAACUGAGGGUUUAUCGGACGGUGGUACGGGGUUAAUGUUGGUCAGUUCUAUCUGUUGGAGGUGGAUGCUGCUCUCGGCCCCGCUGUUCUAUGGGCUCGUUGCCGUAGUGAGGGAUUCCUGCCUUAAGCGGCCGCCUUUCUCUUAUUUGUUGUUAGGAAAUGCUGGGAUUCGUGCUGUGGAGCACAGCGUUGUUCUGUGGCGGUUUGACCUGAAAAAGAGAUGACGAAGUUAUGUAAAAAUUGUAACAUCUGUUUUGUUCCAGGUGCUGCUGUAAAUGAUGAGGUUGAACGAGAACAGGAUCAGAUCCUUCCAGGCUCCGGUCACCAUCCACAACUACCCGGGCGGGCAGGUCUACGUGUUCCCCAAUGGCCGCUCGGACUCGGAGGAGUCAGAGGAGGAGCUGAACGUGAUGGAGCUGCGGCCCAGGGGCAGAGAACAGCAGCAGGGCAGCACAGCGAGGAGCAGGGCUGGGGAUGUGGUGCUUCUGGAGAGAGAAGUCACCGAGGACGACAAUCUGAACAAGCUUGCCCUGCAGUACGGCUGUAAAGUCGCAGACAUCAAACGUGUCAACAACUUCAUCAGGGAGCAGGACCUGUACGCCUUGAAGUCCAUCAAGAUCCCGGUGAAGACCCACGGGUUGCUGACAGAGAGCAGGGAGGAGCUGAGGCCGCUCCCGGCUGCGCGCUCCCAGAGCGGUGUGACGCUGGUGGAUGUGCCGGAGCCCGGCGCUGCUGGCAGCGGCUGUGCUGAUGGUGGGCAGCUGUUGGACUAUUUCAGGGGCAUCGACAAGAGCAUCCAGGACGCCGUGCAGGCCGAGGCGCAGCUGAAUGCUGAGUUGUGCAUGGAGGCACCGGAGAGGCCGCUGGUUGAGCCGGGGAAGAGGGAGAGCAGUAAUGGUGCAGACUGUGGGAUCCAGUGGUGGAACGCAGUUUUUAUUAUGCUUUUGGUAGGAAUUGUCUUGCCAGUAUUUUAUAUCAUCUAUUUUAAAACACAAGAGAAUGGCCCGGCGACCCACACCUCCAACACAACAACCUCCAAUAUUUCAGCAGAUGGAUUGGAAGGGAAACUACUACAAAGCUCCGUUGUAGAAAAAAACCCUAAGGGGGAGAUACAGCCAAACACAGCCUCUCCUCCCAGCACUGACGCCCAUAAGAUGGUGACUCUGACCCGAGUGCAUUCGGGGGGAUAACACUACAGAUAUUUCCAUGUUCUUUUUUAAAGUAGUCAAUGUAGUUCUGAGCUUGACUGAACUGAAGAUGUGAUUUUAUGGAAUAAUAAGGCUGCUCUGUUGCUUGUGAACCAACAGGCAGCUGGGUGUGCAUUUGUGAACUCUGAUGAGGGAAAGUAUUUUGAGGCAGUUUGCUCUUCUUGCUUCAGGUAUUUCUGAAGAGUGGUUUUGUCUAAGAAGCCGAACCCAUUAUGUCUGUGAUAGAGUGCAGUGCUCUUCUCAAUGGUUUAUUUGGUGUGGGGAAGUCCAGCUGUCACCUGCCUUUGCCUUAAAUCCAUCAUGGUGCAUCUCAUAUGUCACAUUGCAGUCAUGGACUUGGGUUUGUUCUUGUUUGUACUCUUCAAAUGAGAGUGCUGCUGAGUUUGGCUACAAAGACCAGCAAAGGAGCUCAACGUUGUGUCAGGUUGUCACAGAAAGGUGGUGUAUCAAAUCCUUUCUAGAUGGGGACAGGGAAGCUGCUGUCUGCUCUGAGUAAAUAGGGCUGGAUGGAGGUUUGUGUGGCUGAGCUGUCCAUAAGCCUGAUACAUGAGCUAUGUCAGUGAACACUAUGUGCUGGAAGUGAGGAGCAGUGAGGCUUUGGGGGAGAGUUUUGCUGCAGAUAAUUGUCCUCAAAACUUAAUUCAACAAAUUCAGGGACUGCAGACAGAGGUGAACUCGCCUGGAGCUGAAUGCUGAGGCAUGAAACCCCAGGGAGGGGACAAGGCCAUAACCCAGCAGCAGCAGCUGGUUGUGUGGGCUCAUGGUGAACCUCGGGGCUGUGCACACAGCGGGGGAGGCAGAGCUGCUGGGCAGGCACACACAGGGCAGUUUGUCUUUGCUCCGCACUGCAGCCUCCCCAGCAUUUGCUGUGUUCCCAGCAGCUCAGCAAGUUGCCUGCAGGAAAAAAGCACAGAAUCCAUUUGUGGCAAAGCUGCGGAGGUCAGAGCUGAGCUGCUGGAGCAGCAGAGGGCACUGCUGCCUGGGGGCUGUGGAGGGGUCACAGCAAGAGCCCUGGCUGCAGUGUUGGGUUUUGAUGCUGAACCUCAUGUCUGUGGCCGUGCAUUACCACGUGUAAGUUGGUUCAGGUUUUGUUGGUUGUUUUUUGUGUUGUUGGGGUUUUUGGUUGGUUUUUUUUUUUUUUAAUCCUUUCAGUUGCUGCCUAAAACUGAGCAGAAGUGAAGGAGCAGCCUGUGAUGGCACCUCCUGCAUCGCACAGAAGGUCUGGGGAAAGGAGCUUUACAUUGAAGCGAGCAGAGCCCUGGUGUUACACUGCAACCCGGGGCUCCCACAGCCUUAAACUGCGCUCAGGCUUUGCUGAGCAAACUUAGUUGUGGAUGGGGAACCUGAAGUAUCUUGUAACGGGGAAAAAAAAGCUUGUAUUUUCUUCUGUGAAGGAAAAGAAUCCCUUGUGGGUGGGAGGAGGGCGGUCGUAAUGUUUUUAAAUGAGGUGAGAUGAAAUAAAAGCACAAGGGGCACUUAACCCACCCCAG